CUCAUUUUCAUUUGCUGUCAAAGUUGAACACAAUCCUGAUUUCACACGCUCCACAUUAGGAAAUGUAAAACAGAAAAGUUCUGUACUGUGAACUGUGAAGUAUGUCAGUAUGUGAUCCCAUCUUGCCGCGUGCAAUCAUUAAAAUAUUAUGAAAAUGGCCAUACGUAGUAUACGUACGUCAAUUUUCAAAAUACUUGAAUAGUUACUAAAAUCAGGGAAAAUUGUUGAAAGUAAAAAAACAAGAGGAACACAGAAAGCUGAAGUCACUUAUAUAAAUACAGGGGCUAUUGUUCUUCUCACUGCAAGCUUCAAGCCACUUGUCGUAGGCACCGACACAGCGUUUUUUAUACAGAAGAAUAUGUGCCAAUGAUCAGAGCUUUGUUUAUCUCAGAUCUGUGUUGAGAAUUUACAGGGAAAGGUGCAAUAAGAUAAAGACAUCGUCAGAUCUAUUGCAACAUACUAAGCCUGACAUGGCUUCAGGAAAAUACUCUAAAGUUGAUGGGCGGAAAUCGUCAUCAGGCUAUUGUUCGACCGUCACGAUUGUGGUCUUCGUGGCCCUCUGCCUGGUUGGGGUAUGGAUGAUGACAUCAUCAUCUGUGGUCCCUGUUCAGAAUUCAGAUGUCUCUCAGGCGAACAAAAAUGAGGUGACCAGAAAUGAGGACAAUAGCAAUGUUGCAAAUGAAGAUAAUGACAGAAUCCAAAAAGACGAGGGACAGGCAAAGCAGUUUGAGGAUAACCCUGGUGAUUUGCCUGAGGAGGCCACCAAGGGGGACACAAAAAAUGAGCCAUCAGAGGAGCCAGCAAAGAACACUGAUGAACCCGAGGACCAGAAGUCCGGGAAUGAAGAAAAGAAGGAUGAAGGGUCUAAUAAUGAGACGGAAAAUGGAGAAGAUGAAAAGAAAGCUGAGAAGGAAUCCUAUGUGAAUCAAGACUCAGAAAAUAACGAAAACACCUCCUCUGAUGAUGGGGAGAAGAAGUCCGAAGAAGAUUUAGGCAAAACGGAUGGGGACAAAGGAGAGGGUCAGAUAGAGGAGAAGGAUGAGAACAAAACAGAUGAGAAGAUGACUGACGAAAAGAAUAAAUCUAGUGAAGUCUUUCCUUCUGGCGCGCAAGCGGAACUUACGGAUGAGUCGGCAACACAGAACGGAUCAUUUUCGACUCAGGCAACGGAGUCAAAAAAUGAGAAAGAUGCUCAAAAGUCAUCUAAAUCAGAGAAUCAAAGUAAAUACAGUUGGAAGGUUUGCAAAACCACUGCUGGAACGGAUUACAUUCCAUGCCUUGAUAACUUGGAGGCAAUAAAAAAGCUUACUUCGACUAAGCACUACGAACACAGGGAGAGGCACUGUCCUGAUCAAUCACCUACCUGCCUUGUUCCCCUUCCCGAAGGUUAUAAACGUUCGAUUGAGUGGCCCACAAGUCGAGAGAAGAUUUGGUACACUAAUGUGCCCCAUACAAAGCUUGCAGAAGUUAAGGGACACCAGAACUGGGUUAAAAUUAGUGGUGAAUACCUUACGUUUCCCGGUGGUGGCACCCAGUUUAAGCAUGGUGCUCUUCACUACAUUGACUUCAUACAACAGUCUGUACCUGAAAUUGACUGGGGCAAGCGUUCCCGAGUAGUUCUGGACGUUGGCUGUGGGGUUGCUAGUUUCGGAGGCUUCCUCUUUGAUAGGGAUGUGCUUACUAUGUCAUUAGCCCCAAAAGAUGAACACGAGGCUCAGGUUCAAUUUGCGCUUGAGAGAGGAAUCCCAGCAAUAUCUGCUGUUAUGGGUACGAAGAGACUUCCGUAUCCUGCCAGAGUUUUCGAUGUUGUUCAUUGUGCACGUUGUAGGGUGCCAUGGCAUAUCGAAGGUGGUAAGCUUCUCUUGGAGCUGAACCGUUUACUUCGACCUGGUGGUUUCUUUGUUUGGUCUGCGACCCCCAUUUACCAGAAACUUCCAGAGGAUGUUGAGAUAUGGGAAGCCAUGAAGCAGUUGACAAAAGCAUUGUGCUGGGAAGUUGUCUCGAUAACCAAGGAUAGAAUAAAUGGAGUUGGAAUUGCCUUGUACCGAAAGCCCACUACAAAUGAAUGCUAUGAACAGAGGUCGAAAAAUGAGCCUCCUCUAUGCAAAGACACUGAUGACGCCAAUGCUGCUUGGAAUGUGCCUUUGCAAGCAUGCAUGCACAAAGUUCCUGUUACUUCAUCUGAACGAGGGGCCCAGUGGCCAGAGCAGUGGCCUGCUAGGGUUGAGAAGGUGCCUUACUGGCUGUCAAGCUCUGAGGUUGGAGUUUAUGGAAAACCAGCUACCGAAGAUUUUGUUGCGGAUUAUAAACACUGGAAGCGUGUGUUUGACAACUCAUAUCUAAAAGGAUUGGGUAUAAACUGGUCUACUGUGAGGAAUGCCAUGGAUAUGCGAGCUGUCUAUGGAGGAUUGGCUGCUGCUAUGAGAGAAUUAAAUGUGUGGGUUAUGAAUGUCGUCUCUAUAGAUGCUCCAGAUACACUGCCUAUCAUAUACGAACGAGGAUUAUUUGGAAUUUAUCACGAUUGGUGCGAAUCAUUCAGUACUUAUCCAAGAUCUUACGACCUUCUGCAUGCUGACCAUCUUUUCUCGAAGAUCCAAAAGAAGUGCAACUUCAUGGGCUUGGUUGCUGAGGUUGAUAGAAUUCUGAGACCAGAAGGAAAAAUUAUUGUCCGUGACACCGUCGAGAUCAUCAAUGAACUCGAGGCCAUUUUCAAGUCCAUGCAAUGGGACAUUCGAAUGACAUACUCCAAGGACAAGGAAGGGUCGCCGUCGUACUCGAGGAGGCGGCACUCCCGUUCCCGUUCACCGGCCGCCAAUCACCGCCGCAGCACCCGCCGCCGCGACCGUUCGCGUUCACCUCACAGCAGGCGAAGAAGUCGUUCUCCCGCUUUGAGGCGUCGGAAGAGCCGUUCCCCAACACCAAGGCGUUACAGGAGACAUAGAAGCCAUAGCUCUUCUUUGUCUCCUUCACCAAAAUCUCGUACUCCCAGCUCAAAUUCUGAUACCAAGCUCGCGAGCGAGAAAUUGAAAAGGGAAGAAGAAGAAAAGAAAAGGAGACUGGAGGAGGAGAUUCGGAGAAGAGUUGAGGAGAAAUUGGCCUCUGAGGAAGUCAAGUUAGAUAUUGAAAGAAAAAUUGAAGAAGCUCGGAAAAAGUUGUUUCACGAUGUUGAAGAGCAACUUAGAAAAGAAAAGGAAGCUGCUCUUGCUGAAGCUAGGCGAAAGGAGGAACAAGCUCGGAGGGAGAGAGAGGAGCUCGAUAAGAUGCUAGAAGAGAAUCGUAGGAGGGUUGAAGAGGCUCAGAGGAGAGAAGCUAUGGAGCUGCAGAGGAAGGAAGAAGAAAGGCUCAAAGAGUUAGAAUUGAUUCAAAGACAGAAAGAAGAGGCUGCUAGAAGGAGAAGGCUUGAGGAAGAGGAAGAGGAGCUAGCAAAUGAUCACAUGUUGCUAUUGGGUAAGAACAAGCCUCGCCAAAAGUCGAUAGGUCUAUAGAGACUGUCUUUUGAGCUUGUUUAAUGUUGUGAUGUUACAUUCCAAUUCGUUUAUAGGGAC